AUGUGUCGACUGGGGGUCCUGCUGCUGCUGCUCCCCUCAGUCUUCGUGUCCUCCUUUGCUGUCCCGACCCAUGAUGCGGACGCUCAGGAGAGCUCCUUCGGGUUUCUGGGCCUUCAAAGUCUUCUCCAAAGCUUCAGCCGACUGUUUCUAAAAGAUGACCUGCUGCGAGACCUGGACAACUUCUUCUCCUCCCCCAUGGACUUCCGGGACCUUCCCAAGAACUUCCAUCAGGAAGAGAACCAGGAGCACAGAAUGGGGAACCAUACCCUCUCCAGCCACCUGCAGAUAGACAAGAUGACUGACAACAGGACAAGGGAGGUGGUCAUCUCUGAGAAGGUGGUGGCCUCCAUCGAGCCAGAGGGGAGCACAGAAGGCGACGGGAAGGUGCCCAAAGUGGAGGAGAGAGACACCCCGGUGCCUGUGCAGAAGGCCACAGAUAGUUUUCACCCAGAGCCCCGGCGGGUGGCUUUCUGGAUCAUGAAGAUGCCAAGGCGGAGGACCCAGCCAGAUGUCCAGGAUGGGAGCCGCUGGCUCAUAGAAAAGCGACAUCGCUUGCAGGCCAUCCGGGACGGGCUCCGUGGAGGUGCACAUGAGGACAACCUCGAGGAAGAGGUCCGUGUCCCCCAGCACACCAAGCUGCCUGGACGAAAGACACACUUUCUCUACAUCCUCAGGCCAUCCCAGCAGCUGUAG